AUGUGGUCCGCCUUCCUGGGAAUCGCGGGGCUUGUAGCGGCCGUUGAGGCCCAAGAGGUCUUUCAUACGACAAAAGGUCAUUCAGCUCGACCUCAAUGCACACAUGCUACUACUUCGGCGAGCUAUUACUUCCAGCCAUUUUCGUUCACUCUCAAUGAGACUGUUCGAUAUGCAACAUCUAUGCCGUCGCCUACUACGACCACGACAUAUGCGCCAGCGUACACCGAUGCAGUCAAGCAUUUCACUUCCCUGUCAACAACAACAUGGGGUAAUUGGUUACCUGGACAGACCGCCAUUAGUGCAACUGAUACGGAUGAUCGUUUUGGACAGGCUGCAUGGUCAUCCAUGUGGCAGGAAGCUGAUCUGAAAAACUAUACAACUACUGGCAUGUACUCAAAGACUGUCAGCCCCACCCCCGUUCCAACCAGCGAGCUUGUCCUCCCUCCGAGUGACUACUUUGGGCCUACCGAUUGCUAUAGCUUUCCGGAUGACUUUGUAUUUGGCGUUGCUGGCAGUGCUGCCCAAAUUGAAGGCGCCGUCGGCCUUGAAGGCCGGUCUCCUAGCUUACUGGAGAAAUUGAUCUCUGAUGAUAGGCCCAAGGACUAUGUCACGAAUGAGAACUAUUAUCUUUACAAGCAAGAUAUUCAGCGAUUGGCAGCUAUGGGUGUGGAAUACUACAGUUUCACCAUUCCGUGGACUCGCAUUUUGCCAUUUGUGCACGCUGGUACUCCCGUCAAUCAACAGGCGAUCGACCACUAUGAUGACCUGAUCAAUACGGUUUUGGAUGCUGGAAUGCAGCCCGUGAUUACUAUGCUUCAUUUCGACAGUCCUCUCAUGUUCGUCGCCAGUGAUAACAUUACGAGACACCCCGAUAUCGGGUAUAACAAUGCCGGUUAUCAGAAUGAGACCUUUGUUGAUGCCUUUGUCAAUUACGGCAAAGUUCUUCUCACGCAUUUCGCCGACCGAGUUCCGAUCUGGGUGACUUUCAAUGAGCCAUUGCUCUACGCUUUCAACUUCCAAGGAGUUGACAAUGUUGUCCACGCACAUGCCCAAGUCUACAAAUUCUAUCACGACCAACUGAAAGGGAAUGGCAGAAUCGGAAUCAAGUUCAAUGAUAAUUUUGGAGUCCCGAAGAACCCUGGAAAUUCCAGUCAUGUCAGUGCUGCUAAUCGGUUCAACGAGAUGCAACUUGGCUUCUUUGGAAACCCAAUCUUUCUCGGGAAGCAAUACCCCAAGUCUAUUCUAGACACAAUGCCAGGAGCGCGACGCUUGAAUGACUCCGAGCUGGAAUAUAUCAAUGGCACAUCUGAUUUCUUUGGAAUUGAUCCAUACACGGCAACGGUGGUCUCGCCGGCUGAUGAGGGUAUUGAUGCUUGUGCGAAGAACACCGCCGAUUCAAACUCGCUUUUCCCAUAUUGUGUUAAGCAAGAGACGGAGAAUAUCUACGGAUGGAAUAUUGGUUAUCGCUCAGAAUCCUAUGUAUAUAUCACGCCGACUUACUUCCGGGAGUACCUACUCUACCUGUGGAACACAUUCCGACACCCCGUGUUCGUGUCCGAGUUUGGUUUCCCUGUUUAUGGUGAGGCUGACAAGGACCUUCCUGAUCAACUAUUCGACUCUCCCCGGAGUGUUUACUACCUCUCGUUUAUGUCUGAGAUCCUCAAGUCAAUCUACGAAGAUGGUGUCCACGUCAUGGGAGCUCUCGCUUGGAGUUUCGUCGAUAAUUGGGAAUUUGGCGACUAUUCUGCGCAAUUUGGCAUCCAAGUGGUGAACCGGACCACUCAGCAGCGCCACUACAAGAAGAGCUUCUUUGAUCUGGUAGACUUUGUGAAGACCAGACAGGGCAAGAAAGAUUAA